AUGCUCGAAGACUUGGAUGGUUUGUGCCCUUCACACCAAAUAGGCAAUGGAUUAAUGAUCUCUUCUCAACACGGCUGGCCUUUCUUUACUCAUGGGAAACACCAUAACCUUGGACGAUGCCCUGACCGACGACGACAACCUCUUGCAUCGCUUGACUACCCUCAGAGACUGAAAGACUUUUGUUAUGAUCUCCUUACGCACAGAUUCGACAUUGAAUCUCUGGUUUCGUUCCAUCUUUGUGUGCUAGAUCGCCAGGUUGCCGAUGAGGCUGACUGGCUAUUCGGAAGUUACAAUGUUUGCAUUCCGGGCUAUAUAGGUCGGCAAUCACAAUCAGAGGAACGUGUCCUUUUUCGCGUCCCGAUGCCUUUCAAAAUUGGCGAAGGCACCUUCCCUGGAAUUACUAACGAAAAGCAGCGCUGUGAAGUCGCCACUUAUAUUUGGAUGUGUGAGAACUGUCCAGAUGUACCAAUCCCUUCUCUCUACGGGUUCGCCUUUCCCAAUGGAAAAGCUGUAGGUAUUCCUACUAUUGUUCAGGGCUACCUACGCGCUUUCGAAGUGCUACAACUAACUUUGCUCCUAGUUUACUAUGGAUAUUUGCGUGGAUUCAUUCACAAGAUGGGGCUGGCGCUUCAAACGAACUAUACGGUCCUGGCUCGGUUACCCAAACCCCUGUCCGUAUGGAGCAACAAUGUCAUCAAGGACGGAUACAUGAUCAUUAGCUUCGUAAAAAAGGGGCGAAUGCUCUCAGAUACCUGGGCAGAAUAUCUUUUAACGGAUAAGGCACGGAGACAUACCCUCUUCAGUGAUAUCGCGAAGAUCAUGAUUACAUUGAGUCGAGUGAAAUUUCCAUGCAUUGGAUCUUUGAGCUUGGAUGAUGAUGAGAAUGAAGGAAUACCCACAAUACCUAGUAGCUUGACAUACCAAUGCGUUGAGCCCUACAUUCUGGAUCUUUUAAAUUGUCACGAUAAUCGAAUACACCAUCAGCCCAAUGCUAUCCAUGAUAUCAACAAUGGACAGGAGCAGCUGGCCGCUCUGAUUAUGAUGAAGGCUUUCUUGCCCUACUUUACUUCUCGCCAAUAUCGUGACGGCCCAUUCACGCUUUCACUCACAGACCUCCAUCCAAGUAACAUUUUUGUCGAUAAACAUUGGCACAUUACGUCCUUUAUUGACCUGGAAUGGGCUUGCACUUUGCCAAUUGAGCUCCAAACACCACCCUAA